AUGGCCUCAGCCAGAGCAGAGGGUGGAGUACCUGAUGGCGUGGGCCAGGUCCACACACUGCCAGCUCUCCACGGGAACACCGUUCAUCUGCAGAACACAAUCACCCUGCUGGAGGCCUGCCUGAGUUUGGAGCUGGUCGAUGACAUCGUUGUGACGUUUGAAUACGGCCGACCGACCAUUAUGGUCCUGGAGAAGUCCUGGAUAAAGCGUACGCAUGUGAAUGUUUCAGGAGCUACUUGGCAGCCCUACCAGUACUACGCCGAUGACUGCAUGGAGGCCUUUGGGAUGCAAGCGAAGCGGGUCCGAGACCUGGCGCCGAGCAACCUGACCCGGGUCAUCUGCACCGAGCAGUACUCCGGCUGGGUGGGGGCCAAGGAGGAGAGGAACGUGGUGUUCGAGGUGCGGCGGCGCUUCGGGGUCUUCGCGGGCCCCAAGCUGAUCAACAUGGACGCGCUGUACACCCGCAUGGGCUCCGUGAAGGGGCUCCGGGACUUCUUCACCUUCACCAACCUGCGGCUCCGUCUGCUGCGGCCGGCGCUGGGGGGGACCUACGUCCAGCGGGACAACCUGCUCAAGUACUUCUACGCCAUCUCCAACAUCGACGUCCCGCCAGGUGAGUGUAAGUGUAACCUGCAUGCCUCUGAGUGUGUGCUGCGUGGCACGGCGUUGCAGUGUGUGUGCGACCACAACACCAGCGGGGAGGACUGCCAGGCCUGUUCCCUCCCCCUCACGUCCCGUCGCUGGCGGCCCGGGUCCUACCUGCCUGUCCCAACCGGCACGGCCAACAUAUGUACGUCUGGUGGUAAAACCUUCCCUGCUCUGCUCUCCUCAGACUGCGAGUGCAACGGACACUCCAACCGCUGCAGCUACAUCGACUUCCUCAACGUGGUGACGUGUGUGAGCUGCAAGCACAACACCCGCGGCCGCAGCUGUGAGGCCUGCCGUGUGGGCUACUACAGAGAGGCGGCCACGCCCCUCGACGACGAGGACGUCUGUUCAGAAUGCAACUGUGACCUGCAGGGCAGUCUGAACCCUCGGUGUGACGAGCAGGGCUUGUGUCCGUGUAAAGACGGCGUCUCUGGGCGGCGUUGCGACUCCUGCCAGCCCGGCUACAGGUGGCAGCAAGGCUGCAUAGAGAAUUUCUGUGAUGAGGAUAUCACGCUGUGCCAAAAUGGAGGGACGUGUGUGGACUUCCAGCGGUGCGUGUGUACUGCAGACUUCACAGGGCCGCUUUGCCAGAAGGAGGUGUGCCUGAAGGACAAAGGCUGCGUGGACGACACCGAAAAUAACUCUGCCUCCUCGCUACGUCACUCGCCUGGCUUCGUGACCCGUGACCUCUGCCCUCUGAAGCUAGCCUGUCUGAUGCUAGCUGUGGCAACACAAUGCUGAAAGGCUGUUGGAUUGCCGAGACUGAUGAUUGGACAAGGGUCUCAUCAUCACAAGACUGCCAGAGGAACUCCGGUCGCUGAUGCCUGUCUGGGCUCAGUGAGGUUAAGGUUAUAUUCCUUGGUCCAAAAUAGGAAAUAUCUUCCCAUCACAAAGACCAAAUAGAGCGUCCAGGAAUGGAAAACAAUGGCCCGAAUAUCAGAAUCCCCUUGUAGAACAAUAUUGCCUUGGACACAAUCAAGGGAUGGCUCUAUGAGAAGGUGGAAUCUAAGGCAGACCGAAGAACAUUCUUAAUUUUUUUUAAUUUAUAAUAAAAAUACCUGUGACCAUUGACAUGAAACUUUUUUUACCUUGAAGUAUUUUGUAUUUAUGUCUGCUGUUGUCAUUGUCCAUUUGAAAUAUUGAUUAUUGAUGUCAUUACAAAACAGAGACAAUGGGGAAAUAAAGUACUACACAUACACGUA